UUGUAGCUAAUUUACAUCUGCCCAGUCCAGAUGACAGUGCGCAAACAAAUCCCACCUAACCACUGCAACGGGGCCCCUUUCGAUCUGGUUAAAUGGAUGGAGAAGAGCGGCUCUCGGACAGCGUCCAAAGCACCACAUCUGCGGCUCAUGCAUCUGAUGAUACGGAGACCGUCAUAGGCUUCAGCUAUGGGACGGACGGAGCUGAUCCAGAGGUGACCUCUAAAAAGGGCUCUAUAACAGAGAUGCCGUCGUCAUCUUGCCAUCCUGGCUCAGGGCCUGAGAAGAAGAUUGGUCACAGAAGAGUGGACGCCUCCGGGGAGACAACCUACAAGAAGACCACCUCAUCUGCCCUGAAGGGUGCCAUCCAGCUUGGCAUCGGCUACACAGUGGGCAACCUCAGCUCCAAGCCUGAGAGAGAUGUGCUCAUGCAGGAUUUCUAUGUGGUGGAGAGCAUUUUCUUUCCAAGUGAGGGCAGUAAUUUGACCCCGGCGCAUCAUUACCCAGACUUCCGCUUCAAGACCUACGCCCCUGUGGCAUUCCGCUACUUCCGUGAACUCUUUGGCAUUCGGCCUGAUGACUACCUGUACUCGUUGUGCAAUGAGCCCCUGAUUGAGCUCUCCAACCCUGGUGCUAGUGGUUCCAUCUUCUACGUAACCAGGGACGACGAGUUCAUCAUCAAAACAGUCAUGCACAAAGAAGCUGAAUUUCUACAGAAGCUGUUGCCUGGAUACUACAUGAACUUGAACCAGAACCCUCGCACUCUGCUGCCCAAGUUCUUUGGCCUGUACUGCGUGCAGUCAGGCGGGAAGAACAUCCGGAUCGUGGUGAUGAACAACGUUCUGCCUCGUGUGUUCCGCAUGCACCUCAAGUUUGACCUCAAAGGUUCCACCUACAAACGACGGGCCUCGAAAAAGGAGCGGGAGAAAUCCAGACCCACCUUUAAAGAUCUAGACUUCAUGCAGGAGGUUUCGGAUUCACUCAUGCUCGAUACUGACACAUAUAGUGCCCUCACAAAGACCCUGCAGCGGGACUGUUUGGUGCUGGAGAGCUUCAAGAUCAUGGACUACAGCCUGCUGCUGGGGGUGCACAACCUGGACCAGGCGGAGCGGGAGCGGCUGAUGGAGGGCGCCCAGGGCAGCGGCGACGAGAAGAGGCCUGCAGCGCAGCGGGCGCUCUACUCCACCGCCAUGGAGUCCAUCCAGGGAGGCGCCAAAUGUGGAGGAGCCUUUGACACAGAGGACACGAUGGGUGGUAUUCCUGCUGUAAAUGGGAGAGGAGAGAGACUUCUUCUCUUUAUUGGAAUCAUUGACAUUCUGCAGUCAUACAGGCUUGUGAAGAAGCUGGAGCACACCUGGAAAGCACUGGUUCAUGACGGGGAUACUGUGUCAGUCCACAGGCCCAGCUUCUAUGCAGAGCGUUUUCUGAAGUUCAUGAGCAACACGGUUUUCAGGAAGAGUUCUUCUUUGAAGUCCUCUCCCUCCAAGAGGGGACGUGGUCCACUGGCUGUGCCCAAGUACUUGGGUCCUGGAGCGGCUUGGUCAGCCAGCCAGCUUCCCUCUGAGAGAGAUGAGAACAUCUAUGAUCUUAGAGGAGCACGCAGUUUUCCCGCGCUGGAAGAUGAGGGGAAAGACCACCCUUUGCAACCUCCAAUGUUUGAGGAGGCUACCACAGCCUCCAUCGCCACCACCCUGUCCUCCAACACCUCCAAUAUCUCCAUUCCCGAGCGCUCGCCGUCAGACACCACAGAGCACCCCCGCUACAGGAGGCAAACACAGUCACUGAGAGACUCAGAGAGCAGAUCAAAGGAAGUAGUGGACAUUCAUGAAGAAGAUAAUCAGACCAUCACUGUGCAUGUAGAAGUGAAGGGAGAAGUGGCAGAAGAGGUGAUGGCGGAUGUGGCAGAAAAGGAGAAAAUGACAGAAGAGAAGAGAGAAGACGUGAGAGAGGAGAAAGAGGCAGUGAAAGAGGAAAGUAAAGUAGAGACACAGCAGACUGCUGAACCCACGCCACAGUCUUUGGAGAGCAGGGAUGUGGUCGACUGCGAGAUAAGAGAGACGGCCAUUUUGGAGGACGAUCCCUCGCCGCCUGCAGACUGCCCCACUGCAGCCUCUGUGGUUCCUGAAGCCCCGGCCCCUGGCGAGGAGGCUCCACAGAUGGAGCCGCAGGCCUCCUCCGCUGCAGUGACGGUGCACGCUGCGCCCCCCGCCAGGCCGUGGGGGGGAGUGGGGGAGUCGGAUGCAGUGAGCCAGCUGUCUGAGUCAGCCAGCCGUGGCUCGCUGGAGGACGAAGGGGUGCCAAUCUCAGACAUCUACUUUUAAAUCUCUAUGCAGUGCUGGAUGACUAGAGGUGAAACAGAAGGAGCUUGUUUUGCGGGAUGCAGGUUUUGUGUCUACACCUACAGGCAGAAGCAGCCAGGCAGCUCCCGGGGGCUGGCUCUGCAGAGUGGCAUGGGCAUUAUAGG